AUGGGCAAUUAUAAUCUACAAAUUGUAACUGGUGGAACUGAUGGAAUAGGCAAAGCAUAUUUAAUUGAACUCGCAAGAAGGGGUCUUCGGAAAUUUGUUGUCAUUGGAAGAAAUCAAAAUAAACUUGAUAACGUAAAAUCUUACCUAGAACUGGAAUUUGGUGCAAAUGUAAGAACAUAUCUUUUUGAUUUUUCCACUGGAAAUUACGAGCAACUUCGUAAUUAUAUAGAAGACAUCGAUGUUGGUUUUGUUGUUAACAGUGUUGGAGUGGGACGUGAAUUAAUGGAAAAAUAUGGCGAAAAUCCAUCGGCUGACCGCGAAAUUUUGAAAGUCAAUGGUUUAGGAUCGGCUGAGUUCCUUUCCAUUGCACUUGCAACAAUGGACAAAUGUGGCGGUGGGCAAAUAAUUGUUAUAUCAUCUAGCCAAGGGUAUAGACCUAUUCCGUAUUUAGCUUCUUAUUGUGCUUCGAAGUCACUUCUUUCGUUUCUCUGUGAAGCAGCAAAUCGAGAACGAGCGAAAAUUAACGUUCAGUGCCUGACACCAGCUCUUGUUGCUACAAACAUGACUUUUUACAAGGAGGGAUCACUAUUUGUUAAAACUGCUGAAGAUUUCGUCCAAGAGGCGAUAAAUACGAUCGGAAUAGUUACGAAAACCACAGGAUGUUUCAAUCAUGAAAUGCAGGUAAUGAAAAAUGAUUCAAAUUGUAUGGCGAAGAAUUUAUGGAAUGCGAAACUGAUUAGUAGAUUAUAUUCAUAA